CUUCUUUUUAUUUUUUGUGAAGUCCUGUGCGCCGCAGAGAGGAGCGCGGUGGAAGCGCCUGAGAGGAGAAGGGGAGGGAGACAAAGUUUUUUCCCUGAAAGUUUGUGCAAGCUUUCACUUUCUAGGCGGGGUUACAGCGCGCUGCAGCAGCAUGGACUAGAGAGAACCAGGACGAGGAGCGCGUGCGAUGCAGCACGAUACCGAGCGUCCCUCCGACCUGAACCCGCUCUGAGUCAACAUGUACUCCCCGUACUGCCUGACGCAGUAUUACCCUACUCAUCUUCUAAACAAUGCCUUAGUGGAUGAAUUUCAUCCCUUCAUCGAGGCCCUCCUCCCCCAUGUCCGUGCCUUCUCCUACACCUGGUUCAACCUGCAGGCCCGCAAGCGCAAGUACUUCAAGAAGCACGAGAAGAGGAUGACCAAGGACGAGGAGCGCGCGGUGAAGGACGAGCUGCUGGGGGAGAAGCCAGAGAUCAAGCAGAAGUGGGCCUCGCGCCUGCUGGCCAAGCUGCGCAAGGACAUCCGGCCCGAGUUCCGCGAGGACUUUGUGCUCACCAUCACGGGCAAGAAGCCUCCCUGCUGCGUGCUGUCCAACCCCGACCAGAAGGGCAAGAUCCGCCGCAUCGACUGCCUCCGCCAGGCCGACAAGGUGUGGCGGCUGGACCUGGUGAUGGUCAUCCUGUUCAAGGGCAGCCCCCUGGAGAGCACGGACGGGGAGCGGCUGGUCAAGUCGCCCCAGUGCUCCAACCACGGCCUGUGUGUCCAGCCGCACCACAUCGGUCACCAGGUAAGACACGUGUGUACUGAUGUGUGUUUACUGAUCUGUAGCUCCUCCCCUUUUAUUUAGAUCUAAACCCAAAGCAUCGAGGUUAUUCUGAAGAAUGAGACCCAAACCAUUUUUCCUCUGAGGCAGAUUCACACAUUUAAAACAAAACACGUGAAAGCUUAAAAAUCGAUUCCAUUGAAGAGAGGAAGCAGUGUGCGCUGUUUGUGUAGGCUGUCGGUGGAUGUUGUGUUGUUUUUAUGUUGCGUAUCCAAUCCCCACGCAGCACAGAGUUUGCGACCCGUUGCAGACCAACAAUAAAGUUUGAGCCCCUGGUGGCCAGAGCUCCACAUGGGACCAUUUAAUCACAGUUUAUUUUUCUUUACAUGAAUUUUUCUCCAAAAACCAAAACCCAGUUUGUUGCCGCUCGUGCACGUGUGCAUUUUGUAAAUAUACAUUUAUUUGGAAAUAUUUAAAACACGUGCAGACGCCGAGCUGCUGCUGUCGGCUCGAGUCCUGAAUUAGAUCUCAUCAAGUUCGGAAAAAAUGAAGAAAAAAGUUGUAAAUGUUUUUUUUUUAAUCACAUGAGUAAACUUUUCAAAUAGAGCAGUUGGAACGAAGCCGCUCUAUUGUCCUGUGAUCUGUGAGAAUGGAGAGAAGGCAGAGGAGUGUUUGAAGCUCCCACUCCUCCUCUCCUUCUGUCAAGUCUCGACUGCAACACCUUCAUUUGUUUCCAGACCACAGUUUUGUCACCCUCUCCACCCCCCCACCCCCUCAAUCAUCCGUCUCUCCGCCUCCUCCUCUUCAUCCUCCACCUUUCCCCUCUUCCCACAUUAGAAAAAUCCACUUUUCUUUCCCGACGUCCCAUUACUCCGGCUCCUCCUCCGUAACUUUGGGCUUAUCUCACCCCAUCU